AUGUUCCCAGUAUUGAUAACAACCUAUCUAAUUCCGAAAUUCAUUGGACCUGAAAGUUUUGAAUAUAUAGAGACUAACUUUAGGGCUCAUUUACUUUCAAAACCAUAUUGUGACUCACGUCCAGAUGAGUGUCGAAUAUUAAUGGAUUUAAAUUAUGGAGAUCCUAAAGCUUUGAGAAGGAAAUAUUAUGCACCUUACGAGGCUUACUAUCUUCGUCACUAUACGAUUGAAAUAUGGGAUGAGUACGUGCUUAAGUUAAUAACAAUGUAUCCCUCUAAGAAAUUGGUAUUGUUUAUUGCCACAAGUUUAUACGAGCUAGAUAAUGAAGACGAAUUUUUUGCUCAAUUUGUAGUAGGAAUGGAGAUUUUGUUGGGGAUUUUUGAUUCAAUGGCAUAUCAAGUAGUAAAAGGAGUAAUUGUUUCAAGGGUAUGGAUUCUCCUUAUUCUUGCAGGAAUAUUCACAGUAAUAGAAACCUGGGGUGCAGUGUUCAAGACUUUACGUAUUAUACUUCGGAAUACAAGUUCUGUUUAUUAG